UUCUGUGGCAACAUUUAGCUGAGGUUUUAUGGAGAGUGAGGUUUUAUCAGACUGGAGAAUGAGGAGCUCUGCGAUGGUAACAGUUUUCCUGACUAGUGUUCUCUUUGGGGAGUUGUGCGCCGCCGUCAAUGUCACGGUCACUCCUGCACCGUUCACAGUGGCAGCGGAAGGUGAGAACGUCACACUGUCGUGUCAGGUGACUCAGUGGCGCCGGUCAGACAGCCUGCCUGUGGUGCGCUGGGUGUACCUGCCAGAGAGCGGUGGGGUUGAGCAGCUACUGGUCAAAGUCAACAUGCGGCGGGCCAAGUUCUAUGGGAACUACACGAAGAGCUUCCCCAGACCCAAGAUGAAGCUGGUAGUGGUGAAGCAAGGGAUAAUCUAUGACCUCCUGAUCCUCAACAUCACUAAUCAGGACAGAGGCAUGUACAGCUGCAGGGUACAGGAGUUUAAGAAGCAUCAUGACCGGUGGAAAGCAUCUACCAACUGCACAGCAGCUACAGAGCUUCGAGUGCAUGUCCUCCCGGCUAACAGCGCCAAGGAGGGACUCUGGAGUCUGUUUGAAGAUGUAUACCUGUGUGCGGUGCUGAUUUGUUGCGUGGGGCUGUUGUGUAUGUGUAUGUUUACCGUGGCUGUGACCUGCCAGUAUUUGCACAGGAAGAGGCAUUUGAAAGAAAAUUAUCAUUUGGUCAAGAGCCCCCAGAACAGUUCCGGGGAGACGGUGACUAGUGUAGUCAGCCUGUCUCCAGCUCUACCCAAGAAACAGGGGAAGUACAGGACAAAGAAAACUAUAGAUCAUAUGGAUGUGCCACCAGAGAUCCCUGCUAAAGCCCCGAUUGCGGACAAAGUGAGAAAGCCAAAACUUUUAAAACCUCAGCCUAGAAAUAUAAUUUUGCCAAAGAUUGCAGAGGAGAACCUGACAUAUGCAGAGCUGGAACUGGUUAAGCCAAUACCAGAGGCCAAAACAUCAAAGACAGGAACUGUCUAUGCCCAAAUACUUUUUGAGGACAAAAUGGUAUAGGACUAAGUCAUUCCACUGAUUGAACUCUAUUAUUUAUAAAUACUUUAUUAUUGUCAAUGUCUGUUAUGGUUUGCUAACCACAUUUACAAGCACAGAAUUUUGAAUUGUACAUAUCUUUUUGUACAUAUAUUUAGCACUCAAACACAUUCCACACUGUGACACAAGAAACCAGACAAACUGAUUAUAUGAAUAAAGAUCAGUAAUAAACA